AUGAUAAUACCAUUGUAUUUUCUAGAGUAAAUUUAUUUUUUUAUUGUAUGUGGCGAGAUGAUCAUUUUCAUUAAUUAUAAAUAACGAUUGAUCUCAAAGAAUUUGUAAUUUUUAUAUAAUCUUCUUCUAAUAAAUUUAUAUAUGGGAGAAAGAUAAAAACAACAAGAUACAUUGUCUUAAUCUUAUCAGCUCUUUUACUUUUCUGAAACAAUUAUUCUUUUGAUAAUCUAUAAAUAUUAUAAUCUUAAAUAAUUGAAGAGGUACACAUUUCAUUAACAGAAUUUAAUUACCUCUACUCUUUUUUCAGCCUUUUAAAUAUCUUACUUACAUUAAUUGGAGGUUAUCUAAUAGAUAGAAUUAGUAUUAUAUAAUUGUAGAUAUAGGAUGUCUAAUAAGCAUCAUAAUAUUUGUAUCAUUAGUUACCAUUUCUUAGCAAUCGGUGGAUUGUACAAAAUUUUUUUAGGAGUCAAGUAAUAAUUCCAUUAUUGUUUAACUAUAGCAAGUGAAAAUUUGAUUAUCUCAUAAAAUGUAAUCAUUACGGCUUGGUUUAAAGUGCAUUAAUUAUCAACAGCAAGUGGUCGUAAAGUAACAUUGCCAGAAAUAGCAGCUGCAUUAAACUCUUACUUUUCACCUAUGAUUUAUGAUUUUAAAGGAACCAUCACAUAUUCUUUAAUCACAAGUGCGCUUAUUUGCAUCUUUUCACUUUGUUGUGCUAUUAUGCUGUUGCUUUUUGAUAUACUGAAUGAAUUACUAUGUUUUCCUUAUUGA